UGAUGAUUUUUUCUUCCAAUUUAACUGCUAGACUGCAGCUGAUAGCAAAGCGUAUGCUCUUCCCAGCUGGUUCUCGCACAACUGUUUCCUCAACUCAACAACCACUUCGCUUCCUUCUAAAUGUUCUUCUUUUUCUAUUUUUUAUCCUUCUAUACCUCGGUCUAUCAUCGGUCUCAGUUUCAAAACCUGGUUGUUAACUGUCUGUUGUCAGAAAUUACCUACAUAUCUUCUCUAAUGUAAAACAAAACGAAGUACAAAAGUAUAACAAUAUCAAUAUUAAUAAUAACAACAGUAUCAAUACUAAUGCACAACUGGAAAUAACUUCUAUAAUAUUUAUUUUACAUUAAAAUCGGAUUCUGGAAUUCUGGAAUGGUUUUAAAAAUCGACUGAGAAUGGAAAAAGACAAAGCAAGCAUAAACCCAAAAUAUUAGAUACAUACACACACACACGCACAUAUAUAUAUACAUAUAUAUAUGUUAUGAUUAUAUUUCUAUGUAUAUUCUGGCUAAAUACACUUGUUACAGAAAUGUCACAACUUUUGUUCAUGUUGUUUAACUGGCUGUAUGGGACGAAAAGAGAAAUAUCACAUAUGAAAUUCAAAUUAUUGAAUUACAAGAAAAUUCCAGAAUUAAAGUAAAGAAGAAAAACUAAUACAUUAUUUGCUUAUUUAUUAUAUUACUUUGAGGAAAGAACAUGUUACACGAAUACAGGCAUUAAUAUUACCUUUAAACGCUGUCGUUGCAUGGCAGAUAUGUUUUUAUAGUGGUACCUAUGCAAAGUUUAUGCAAAUUAUAGAAAUUUAUAGAAAAUCCUCCUUGGGUGGUUGUAUGAAUGACUGUGUAUUUAGUUAUCCCUUUAAUACUAUUAUACUUUUAACACGUGCCCAUGGUGUCUUCCAACAGAAUUACCCUACAAGGAUCCAGGCAAAAACCAAAAGCAAGUUGUUUUUGUUUAUGAUUUAAUUCUUAAUUUUACAACUGCUGUGUAUAUAUAUAUCACCUUCCCGAGCGUCGAACUAAUACACCUGCUUGUUGUUUAUACACCUGUCUUCGUCUUUUGUUUUUCUGUAAAUUUCAACUAUAUGCAUACAUUGUAUAUAUAUAUAUGUAUGAAGAACUGUUUAUGGUUGUGUAUGGUUAUGUGGAGACAUAAAACAAGUUGUCUUUCAUAAAACAAAACGAAAUUAAUUGUUUUUGUUUGUUUUAAGUAUGAGAAAAAUUGAGUAUAGAAAAAUACUGGGAAUAAGAAAAGGUGGUUACUAGUAACUCACUCGUUUUGAACUGUACUUUCAACAAAAAUAAUAAUAAAUGCAGAAGUUGCAUCCCAAGACAAGACUGUAAAACUUCACUUAUAUAUAUACAAUACACACACACACCCACCCACACAUAUAACAUAUAUAUAUAUAUAUAUAUAUAUAUAUAUAUAUAUAUAUAUAUAUAUAUAUAUACAUAUAUAUAUAUAUAUACAGACACACACAUAUGUUUGUGUAUGAAGAUGUUGCAAGAUAUCAGUGCCAAAUGUAAAUAGUUAACCAGUGCACAAAGUACAAGCAACAUAUAUGUGUAUGCGUGUGUGUAUGUGUGUGUGUGUACAUACAUACAUACACGGAAUUAAGACGCAUAUAAGUAGAAAAUAUAGAAAUACAUAAUUUUACACACAGGCAUAUAUAAUGCCAAAUAUAUGUAUGUUAUUUUAGUUUAACGUUCAAUUAAGAAUGUCAGUGUGCAGCAUUCGGUGACGUUAUACUGCCGGUACAUCCACGGAGUUUCUAUCUAACAUCAGAGUUCUGAAAAUCUACACGUGAAAUCUUCUAUUGGAAACAUCAGUUAAUGAGCAUUCGUCGAUAUCAAGAAACCAUUGGAAACGGAAUAUACCUCAGAAUAUCCAGCAAAGCAAUUUUGUUUGCCGGUGAGUUUCCACGUAUCCAACACUUCUGUUCUUUUUAAUUCGGUUUUUGAUUAAGCCGUGUAUUUGAUCCGUGUAUGGAUUGAAAGAGAGAUUUUUAAAAUAUACAUUAUUCAGUGAUGGCAGUUUGGAGGUAUUUCCCAUCUACCGAAAGCUACUAAGUGUAUAGCCAUACUCCCACUAAGCUAUACAAACUCAUCAAAAAAGAAGUAAGAAAAAUAUUGAUUUGCAAAAGGAAAGCAAAAUCAUGUACAAACACGGAUUGAAACACAUUUCCUUAGUGCCCUUAAUGUGCACUUAUAUUUCACUUAUUUUGAUAAUUGGAACAACAUUUUCUCUGGCUUUUGAAAAUUCUGCGACCGAAGCAUCAGUCAGAAACACAACGGUAGAGGGCUAUUACACAUAUCAAUAUUUAGAUCUGAAUGCAACAGAUGAUGAUAUAAAUGAGUAUGGAACAUCUGAUGGAGGAAAAAGUGAAACGAAUGAUGUUGCUGGCUCUGUCGAUGACGAUGACGAUAUUGUUUCUAAAUUUCUCAGUCUUGUCGAAGAAUAUAAGAAGAAUAAGAAAAACUGCACAAAAGGUACAUCAUAUAAUCUUGGCGCGGGUGUAGUGCGUCAGUAUGGUUUAAACAGGUUCAAAAAGCAAGCAGAUGUCGCCUUAAGUAGAGCUAACCUCCUUACAAGACUUUGGAAGAAUGACCCAUCAGGUUUGAUGGAUUCAGAGUUUCUUCUAUAUUCCAGUGUUAGAAAUAUGGUCGAAGGUGACCCUGAUAUGUUUGCAGCUGGAAAUUGUUAUAACGUCAAUGAAUACAAGGAUUAUUACUUAUUCUGUCCUUACGCUUAUAUCAUGCCUGAUGGGCGUAUCAACGUUAAAGAUUUGUCAGUUGAAUACGAUUACUAUACAAACGAUUGGUUUUACAACUGCAGAGUAAGUGCUAAUAAACGAAUACAAACAGCAAAUUAUACAGUUGAUGUUUGGCAGAAACGCUAUAAUGACACCUAUCAAGGAGAAUUCUUAAACGAUUCCAUCAUAUUGGUCCGUUAUGAAGAUGGCUAUUGGAGCAAACCAUAUUUUGACUGCGGUGGAGGAUACAUUUGGAUGAUGACUUAUAUUACACCGUUUUUCGGGUUUAAAAAUAAUAGCUUUUAUUUCAAAGGCACAAGCGGCAUUGAUAUAGAUUUGGAAAAAGUAGACAUCAACCAAUGUCCUCAGACAGACGGUUCUAAAGAAACAAAUGUAUUUGCCGGUUCUCACCGAUGUCGAACGGAAACUACCAAGUGUAUUCCCAUCAGAGGACUCGGUUUUCGAAGAGGUUCUUACCGAUGUGUUUGCAAAGAUUCUUUCUACUUCCCCAAUGUUACAGCAGAACAUAGAUAUUUCUUCGGCACUGACGUAGAACACGAAUACGAAAAGGCAAAGAGAAAAGAACCAAACACUUAUUAUAGUAGUUUCGCUUGCCUCCCUUGUGCGCCAGGCUGCGAGACAUGUGUUGAUGGAAGUCCAUGCAUUUUAGCACUUAACUGGGUUCUGAGAAGCAUUGUUCUAGGAAUUGCAGGAUUAAUCAUGUGCUGUAUUCCGAUAUUAAUCUGGUUUACAGUGCAAUAUCGAGAGGUCAAGGUUCUUAAGGCCUCCAGUCCGUUGUUGAUGCGGAUUAUUCUUCUGGGAGCAUUUUUCUUAUAUUGUCCCCAAAUUGUGGGCUACUUUGAAGCGUCGGUAAUCACUUGUUGUCUGCGUUUCUGGUUGCGAGAAAUAGGAUUUUCGAUAUCAUACGGAGCUCUCCUGUUAAAAACAUGGCGGAUAUCUGUUGUGUUUCGAGUCCGUUCAGCUCAAAGAAUAAAGAUAUCAGACGCAGAUUUAAUAAAAAGGCUGGUUAUCAUAGUUUUGAUAUUUGCAGCUUUUCUUUCUGGGCGGACAAUAGCUGGACGUCCGAGAGUUGUAAAAGGUAAACACACUAGUGGAUUGCAAGCGUUCCAAUGUUCGUCUGAUUGGUGGGACCAUUCGGCUGCUAUAGCCGAGCUUCUCUUCCUGCUCUGGGGAGUACGAUUAUGUAUUGUUGUACGAAAAGCACCGUCUGAAUUCAACGAAAGUCGGUUUAUAAGUUGGGCCAUAUACAACGAAACUUUACUUUCAUUAUUUUUAAAUGUUUCCAUGAUAUUUUUCCAGGAUCCAUUCCCAUCUAAUCCUGAUCUACUUUAUCUUGUCGUCUUCAUACAUUCACAACUUACAACAACAGUGACAUUGGCUUUUCUCUUUGGAAGCAAGGCAUACCACGUAUACAAGACUCGAGGGAAAGAACAACAGCAACAGCAGUCGCAUUCGACAAUGUUAGCACGAACUGGCAAAUUCGUACCAGGCUCCAAGUCAACAACAGCAGUGUUAAGUACAUUUACCUCAAGUGGUAAUCCUUCUGCCAUUGGAGACAAAACAGAGGAAGGAGAAAAUGAAAGUUUCCUUGAGAAAGAUAUACAGGAAGAAUUCCGCCGCCUAUACACUCAACUGGAAUUACUUAAACAGCGAAACAUGAAGUUAGGCAAUCCUCACUUACAACAUAAACUGUCGGCAAUGACGGAAGCGGCAAAAAAAGAUGACUUGCCAGAGUCGACUCCGUCAUCACCGAACAUUAACGGGAAACGUGUGGUAAUCAACUUGGACGACUAUCACGAGGCUACAAGUUUAUAAGAAGCAUAGCAAGAUGAAACAACAUCCUUCGGUAAAAAUAAGAAUAUGUUGCAACCGACUGAAAGACAGAAAGCAAUAUAUAUAAUGCAAGUGGAAUGUGUAACCAAAAACCCCAAAACUGCUCUAAGUAUUUUAACUUCGAACUCAUCAAUACGCAGGUUUGAAGGAAAGUGGAUCACUUACACUCAGAUAUGUAUGUAUGUAUGUAUGUAUGUAUGUAUGUAUGUAUGUACACACACACACACAGAUACAUACAUAUGUGUGUGUGUGUGUGUGUGUGUGUGUGUGUGUGUGUGUGUGUGUGUGUGUGUGUGUGUGUGUGUGUGUGUGUGUGUAAUUUGGUACGAAAAUCUGUACAAACAAGAAAAAGGAACAAGAAAAAAACUAAAUACGAAAUACAGAGUUACAUUUUAUUUAUUGAAUACUAAAAACUUCCCUAAUAGAUUCUCCGAGCUUCACAUUUUCAAAAGAAAUGUAAAACAGAUAGGGAAGAUUUCAGUUUAUGGCAUAUACAUACAUAUACACAUACAUACAUACGCACACAUAUAUAGACAUACAUGCAUACAUAUAUACUUACAUACAUACAUACAUACAUACAUACAUACAUACAUACAUACAUACAUACAUACAUGCAUACAUACAUACAUGCAUGUGUAUGUGUGCGUGUAUGCGCGCUCGUGUGUGUGUAUGUAUGAGAGUGUGUGUGUUUUGGGAAGCCUUUACAUGCAGGAUAUUACGUAUAAAGACUUACAGAGAAACGCCUGCAGAAGAACAUCAGUCUGGAUAUAAAUUUUAAAAUAUAUUCGGAAAAAGUACAAGGACCAAACAAAUAAAUAAUAAUUAAAAAUGGUGUGAGGUUAAUCAGUUUAACCAUCAUUCUAAAUUUGCUUAGCAAAUACUUCCUAUCUUUCCUCGGAGGAAUUCAUUAGCUGUUUAUUAUAUCUUUUUUAUGUUUAUUAAUGUUUUCAUUAUUUUCAAAAAGUUUCUGUUGAAAUAAGUUUUUAGUUAUUAUGUUUUUCCUUUGAACAAACUUUUUUUCCGCUUUGUAUUACUUCUGUUAUUAUUGUUAUGAGAAUAGCUAUUGUUGUCGUUGUUGUUACUGUUGUUGUUGCUGCUGUUGUUGUUGCUCUUCCUGAUGGGGGCGAGUUCCUAAUAUUUGUUUACUUUAUCACACAAAACUAACACUCCUGUCUGUUGCAAUAGCAAGAAAUAUUAAAUGAAUGAAUAAAUAUAUUGAUAUCGGAAACGAUAUGUAAGUAAUAUUGUCAUCAAAUGUUGUUCAAUUUAUAAAUUAGAGGUGAGUAUCCUAGGAAAGGGUUACUGGAAUGGAACAAAUGGUGAUUCUAGGAAAUGCGUUGUUUUUGUUUUUCAUUAUUAUUGUCAUUCUGUCAACUCAAGCCUUGCAUAUGUAGCAGACUUCAUAUCUACGGUACCAUGCAAUUUGUUCUCCUCCACUAUCUAAUACUUUCCUGAUGAUUCUGGCCGUUCCAAGUAGGCAAACUUUUUUGCAGCAACUCUACUGGGUACUCUAUUCCCAUUUCCUUUAUAUUCCUCUCAAUACCUUCUGAUACUUUCCCUAAGACCCCAUCAAUAAUUAGCAAUAUCUUCACUAUUUUCAUUUUCCACAGUCAAGCUAUCAUGUAUUUAAGUGGAUUGUAUACGUCUAUUUGUACCUAUAGUAGAAAGGAUUAUUAUUAUUAUCAUUAUCAUCAUUAUUAAUAUUAUUAUUAGUGUAACGAGACGGCUUUUCAAAUCUUUACAGAUACGAGCUGACAGGAUAAGUGGGUGAAUUUAAUGGGAGAUAGAAUUUAUAUAACAUAUUGAGCAAACUCAUUAAAAGUGAGAAAGGUUGGAAAAUUAUGUUAAUUCCAAACGGGGAAAGAAUGAUAUUUUUAAUGCUCCCAGAAAGCAAUGUUAAUAAUGAAUUUUUUCAUUUAAAAAAAUGGGGAAGGUUAAAAUGGUGUUAGAGAAAGACUUGGUUAUUAUCAAACUACGUUUUGCAGAUGUGAUUAUGGAUAUCAAAUAUGUAACAGAAUAGCAUAAAUAUAAAAAUGUAGGCCAGCUCAUGUCAAGUCUUACGGAAAAAAUAUUCGUAGAAUUACAUACGAGAAAAUGAUUUUCAUACUAAAGAAGUUAUAAAAUAUCAUGAAAUGAUAAACGGCAUUAACUAAUCUAAACCACUAUCAAACCCAUUUUCAUUAUAUGGAAAUUGAUAUUAUACUGAGCACAAAAUUUGAUAAUGCUUGGAAAUACAAAGCAACAUUACUAUGAAAAGGAAAUUAGAUUUCAGAUAUGAUACCGGUGUUAAUAUGAAUGUAUUGUAAAAUAAAAAUUGUCUUGAUAUCAAAAUCUAGAGAGCUCGGAAAUGAAACCAAUAUACAGUUAAAGUGUGAUAUUGAUAUCAAAUAGUGUUGUGAAGUAACUGUGUUAUCUAACGUUUCGGUAACGAUCUAGAUAUGAAACAUUGAAGCAAUAUAGAAAAUAAUUGAUUUU